AUGGUGCUGCUGACCACCAAGAUUGUUCAAAGAUCCGCGCUCUUCGUCUCUUUCGGAGGCCUGGUCACCACCUUCAUCACCACGUUCCUUCCCCUGUGGAAGACCAUGAACUCGGACCUGAACGAGAUGGAGAACUGGUACGAGGGGCUUUGGCACACCUGUAUCUUCACCGAAGAGGUGGGACUGCACUGCAAAGCGUUCGAGUCUUUCCUGGCGUUACCUCCACAUACGUUGGUCUCCAGGGUGUUAAUGUGCAUAUCCAUCGCUACAGGUGCCCUGGGUGUUGCCGCUGCCUUCUUUGGACUGGAUGGCGUGGAGGUUGGCGCCAGCAGACCCAAGCUGAAAAGGGGUCUCCUCAUCUUGGCGGGGGUUCUGGUUUGGAUUUCGGGCGUGACGACACUGGCACCGGUUUCGCUGGUGGCUUACGUGACGGUGGUGGAGUUCUGGGAUGAGAAUAUCCCAGACGUGGUGCCGCGCUGGGAGUUUGGCGAGGCCAUGUUUUCCGGAUGGUUCUCUGGCCUCCUGCUGGUGAUCGGCGGGUCAUUCCUCUUCGUGGCCGUGUGUAUGGGUGACCACCAAAUGCAAAGUCGACAUUCUUUGUCUGCACGGGAAGACAGGCCAAGGACUCAGCAUUACCUAAAGACAGAGGUCCUAUAA